UGUUUUUUGUGUAAUUUUUUCGUUUAGUGAGGCUAUGCAUACUGCGUCAGUAUUUAGAGAUUUAGAGACCAGUGGCGGUAUAGCAGAUUGCAGGCUAAUUGCUAAGUUCUAGACAAUAAUCAAAAUGGAACUGUGCUUCAUAUUGCUUACAAUUUUUUUUUCAAACUCCCUGGGCCAGGAGUUUCCACUGGGUGAAAUAUCAGAAUGGGGUGAACACGAAAUUAGCUCUGGGGAAGCCACUCUUCUCUCCGAUAAGAAAUUGCAAAUUACCAACUUUCAUUAUGACGGAGAAGGUCCGGCCGCUUGGUUUAUGGUGGGGAAAGAAAAGGAUGGAUACACUGAAGAGAGAGUUGAACUGGACGGACUCAUCAUUCCUAAUGAGAAGGGAAGCUGCGACAUCCUGGGAGCAUAUGAUGACGAAAACAUCACCCUUACAAUUCCGAAGGGGAUGAAAUUCACGGAUUAUUCCUAUCUGUCUGUGUACUGCAUUGAAAAUAAUCACAACUUUGGAUAUUUCCGUAUAAAAGAUGAAUACGCUUUUACAACCCCCGCACCUAUUUUGUUGGUUAACGUUACGACGGGUGAAAUUACGCAACAAAGGGAUCUAUCAGAGGAUGACGCACCAGAAAAUUGUGAUCAAGAGAAUCUUGUGCGACGGCGGAGAAGGGAUCUGGGAACUCCAUAUCGCAAGUACCAACUGAGAUAGCCUUAGAUGCUUUAAUGUAUCCCAGGAUUCAUAGGUGUAGUUUCAAAGAAAUAAAAUUUAAAAUGACACUCAAGUUAUACAUACAUACACA